ACGUGAUAAUGCAGAGGGCUGGUUACGAGAUUUCAUCACAUUAAGACCACGCAAUAUGUGUACGGAUAACGAGAUCGCUGAGGCGGCUGCUUCUUUGCGCUACCUCGAGCCUCCUCGGGCGAUUGACCUCGAGCCAGCGACUUUCGUCAUCCCUGUGAGCGAUGCAGAGAUUGCGGAACGUCCACGUUGGGAGGGGCAUUGGAGUUCUUUGGAGGCCGACGAGCACCAAGCAACAGCAGAAGACCUGAAAAUCCGCCAGACCAACGACAUUCUUACAGCACCAACGGAGCCCUUAGUGUUUGUGGAGACUAGAGAAAAGGAAAGGAUCCCACUAACAUUUGGACGGAUCAUUGCCUUGGCUGGUGACUUCUAUACCAAUCGUGAACCAACCAAGGGAUCCGACAUUGAGCUGGACUAUGCCCCUAUUUGUGGUGCGCUGCGAACUUCAAAUACUCCGCCACUCAAACGCUUUGAGAAUGCUGUGAACAGCUUGAUCCAAGACCGUGAUGGCUACUUGGCCCGCAUCACAAAGCUUCUAGAUCACGAGCAUCGCACCGUUUCUCAUGCUAGAGAGCUAGGGAAAAGUGUUUCAAAGACAUAUCAUGAAGGAGGAAUCGAAGAUCAUUUCGAGCCCGAUAAUUGCAAGCUCCCUGGCGAUAAAGAAUACUUUGAUGCGUUAAAGAAUAACUGGGAGCUUAUUAAACAUCCUAGUUAUAACUUGAUGCUCAGCAUGUACGCUUGGUUAGCCUUCACAAACGUGGAUCACUUUGGCGAAGAUGCCGUCAAGGCGUAUUGCAUUGGCCAUGCGUCUGCCAUACAACUUGCAGCAGAGGCACACUACGAACAAGACAUUACCAGGAAAUGCCAAAAGCUGAAAGAAGCUUAUGUGCAUGAAGCAUUUGCUGCCCAUUAUCUGACAGAUUUGUUUUCUGCCGGUCACCUGCGGCCUGCGCGUCGAUAUCUGCACACGCAGGAUCAUAAAGAGAUGGCGGGUGCAGGUCUGCCGCAGGCCGGGGGAAAACACGAAGUUCCCAUUUGGGAUUAUCAAGGACGCUACAUGCAUGACGACGACUGUGCGACAGGCCUGCUAGUGCGGAAUAAGAAUGGCGAUCAGUGGAUUGCAUAUGGAGAUAAACAAUUCUUCGAGCCAAAGAAUGCGGUGAACCGUGCAAGAGCUGCUCACUGCCUUCAGCAGUCGGUAGACGAAGUCUACAAUGAAGGAUUCAUGCAAGGCUGGAAUCCAAUUCCAACUGAUGCCUCAGAGGAGGAGGAUAGUUGGAAAGAGUAUUCCUCGUCUUUUGUGGCGAAGAAAUUGAUGCCUCUGCCCAUGACGGCGCUGAAAUCAAGCAACUGGACCGAGGAAUGGGGUAAUUGCGAUGUGCACAACCCAGCACCCCUCUGGGUCGCUGGAAUCCCAAAUGAUAAGGACCGGGUCGGAGACCAUGACUUCACCUUGCGCAAGGAUGUUAACGAUCAUUCCAACUUCGCGCGCGUGGCUUCCAGCCCUGCACCGAUUGCAAAAGCAUUGAUUAUUCCUGAAGCAAAUGAAGACUGUGAGCGAGUGCGGGGUGCUCCAUUCCGUGGUGAUGACCAGUUUGCACAACAGUCUGUCAUGGAUGGACUGCUCUCGGGUAGCUUCGUGCAGGUCCAGGAUUUGGUCAGGGAUGUGGCAGCUCCCGAACAGGGCAAGCUGACCUGCGUGAACUUUUGGAGUCCCGCGUUGGUUGAGGUCAACUCCAAAAUCCAGGAAACGUUCACCAUCCGAAGUCGCGCAAUCGAUGCCGUUGAUAUCAGAGAGUUACCUGACACGGCGCUUCCUAUUCACUGGGCUCUGCAAAACAGCAGCAACCUAUCGACCACCACCCUGUAUGGCUUCUAUUGGGUGCCUGACGAAGACAAGAAACACGCCCAUAUUGCCUUUACUAACACCAGUUUCCACAGCUGGAGUGGAGAGAUGGGCGAACGGCAAAAAUUGAACCUCUCUGAGUCGUGGGAGGUCAGGAACUCCCAAAGGUUGAUACCGCAGACACUUUCCAGCAACCUUCCCAUUACAUCAGCCAACUUGACGCGUUUCCUAUUCGAUCAAUUCCUCUGUGAGGAUGGAGAACAUUCCGAAAACAUGUCUGAUGGUGAAGACGCCCCGCAAAUCAUUUCAGUCUCGGUGCUGCCAGGUAAAAGGGUGCAGAUUGCGCUUUGUAACGACCAUCGCGCCGAGUGGCUAGAGGCACCCUUCAGCACCAUCCGUUUAUUGAAGUCUCCAUGUUUUGGUUUUGCAAAGGCUAUCAGAGCAGGUCCGCACCAAAAGGAUCUUCUACUUGCUAGCGCGGAUUUCGCGGGCGGCAAGUCCAGGCUGGAUCUUUACCAGUAUCAUUUCGAAGGUGCAGCAGAUCCUAAGCAGACAACAGUCAUUGACACACAUACCCAGCUCGAGUGCAGACUGAACAGCGAAGAGGAAGGUGACUCUAGUGUCCUGGUUGGUGACGUGCUCGGCCAGGGCAAUGACCAGGUUGUAGUCAUCAGCGGUGACUACAACAACCCAGAGAUGCAGCUAUACAGCCGCCCCUUAGAGACUUCCACAUCGAGCGCAUUCACACUAGCGGGGCACAAUGUCUUCGACGAGGGUGACUAUUGCGACGACAAAUUGAUUCGUCCGUACCUUACAGCUCUCGUUCCAUCUUGUACGGGCAAGGGGCUGGAUGUCCUACGGAUCGCACUUCACGAGCGCAAAGACGGCCGAAAGUAUCUUUACUUCCAUACCCAUGUCCGCACAGCGACUAGCAGUCCAGGUCCCAAGUCCAUCAUCUGGAAACAGUACCAGUCCAACGGGGUAUAUGACAAGUUGGCAGACAGCAAGAACGGACACUAUUUCCAUAUCAAAUUCAUUCCUACGCGACGUGAGAUUACACACAAGGGCAAAACGUCAAUCGUCCCAGCUAUCCUGGAGGUCUUCAGUUGGUAUGGUGUACUUGGCGUGCGAAUGUUCGCGGCUUCUUCCCCUAAUGGAUGGGACUAUGAGUUGGAAGGCCAGCAACCGUUCUUAGGACAAACCUCUAUUGGGGUCGGGCUGGGCUGCUCGGGUGAUUGGGGUCAAGGAUUCCUACCUUGGAACAAUGACGAUCCUUGCAUUGAUUCCAACGUGUUCAUUCCUCUGCCAGGAUCUAAGGAAGUCCGGGGAUCAUGGGGCAUGAGUUUGGAUGAUACAGAUCGGGAGCAUAUCAGGGGAUGGGAAGUCGAAAGGCGACCUCGUUGAGGCGAUUUCUUUGAGCGAAGUAGAGUUGAGCAUGUUUGACACUAUUAUGUAGUGACAAACAAAUAACAGUAUAGGCUUUCCCAAUGUUCCAUGAAGCUACGUGCUAACAAUACUCAACAAAACUACGCAUUCUCGUACGAGGCGAUACUUUAUAAAAUGAAUUUUCUCUUAAGGAGCCGAAUACGAACAGCCAUCUCUCCCAUAGAUCCUC